GUUGUGUGUGUGUGUGUGGUGUGUAGCUGGAUCUAUUUUGGCUGCCGUAUAUCGUCAUCGAUAACGGGGUAUCGUCGUCGGCUGUCGUAAGAAUCGAGUAACAAUAGCAUUCAGCAGCACGAUGUCUUCUUAAAAAUGUUGUAUAAAAUUUGACUUUACAAAACAAUAUUAAAUGUUUGAAGUGGCGACAGUUACACGUACACACGCUGACCCAAUGCUCGCACCCGUUUGACAACUGCAACAGCAUCAUCGUGAUUAACAAAAUAGAAACUAGCAAAACAGGCGAAGCAAAAAAAUAAAUAAUGGCUGAGGCAAUGGUCGUCGAGGAGCGCCCCACGGUGCCGAAACGUUUCUUCUGUCAUAUGUGCAAUGUGGAGAUCAACAUUCCGAAUGCCGAAUUCACUUGCCCCCUCUGCUCCAACGGAUUCGUCGAGGAGCUGCCAGCAAAUGCCCCCGAAUUGUCCGCUUCCAGUGGCAGUGGCAGUGGUAGCAGCAAUCAUGAUCCGGCCACCAGCACGGGCGGCGGCAGCAGCAGCAGCUCCGGCAGCGGUCUGAUCAACGUGGAAUCGCUGCGAAAUGAUAUCGUCUCGCUGUUGAGCAUGCGAAAUGUGCCCAAUUUGGAGAUAACCAUCGAACCGACGGGACGACACUCGAGCGUCAUGCAUCUUAGUGGCAAUCCGAACGGUGGCGGUGGUGCAGGUGCUGGUGGUGGUGGUCCUGCUGCUGGUGGUAUCCCCACCAGCGGUACAUCCAACAUUGGCGGUGGACGUGUGCGACCAGCGAAUCUGGAUCGAUUGGACAAUGUUCUGUAUGACUUUCUGCAGAGUUUGCCAUUGGCGGGCGCAACGGCUGAAAUUGUCACGGGUCCCGGCAGUGGCGUUGGCCUUGGUGGCACAUCCAAUUCGCACAUGUUCUUCAUGGGCAAUCCGGGCGAUUAUGCGUGGGGACGUGAGGGCCUGGACACGAUCGUUACACAGAUGCUCAAUCAAAUGGAGACAUCGGGGCCGCCACCGUUGUCGGUGCAGCGCAUCAACGAAAUACCAAAUGUGAAAAUCACCGCCGAGGAGGUGGAACGCAAAAUGCAAUGCUCCGUUUGCUGGGAUGACUUUAAGCUGGACGAAUCGGUGCGCAAGUUGCCCUGUUCGCAUCUGUAUCACGAGAAUUGCAUUGUGCCAUGGCUAAAUUUGCACAGCACCUGUCCCAUCUGUCGCAAAUCGUUGGCCAACGAUGAUGACAACGACGACGAUGUCGAUGUCGAUGAGGAUUACGUGCUGCUCAAUAGUCUCGUCAACGAUGAACAUCAUCGCGGCAGCGGGGCUGCAGUUCGCAUUGCUCGCUCCGGCGGCGUGGAUCGAGCUGGUUCUGCGUCCAGCACGAAUGCAUCUAGUCAAACGACAGCAGCAUCGCAGUCGCAACCAACAACAGCAGCAACAGCAACAACAACAACAGCAGCUGCUGCUGCUGGUGCUGGUGCUGCUGCAGGCAGCACACAACGCAACAACGUAUUUACUUUCGACGAUGACAAUAUGUUUUUGGACUAAUUUCGUAUGGGGAGGGGGAGUUUUACGAUACGAUCUGAUGGCAUGGAGAAAUGGUAAAAACAACUCUGAUAUUCAAAAUUGAAAUAAGGUCUUCGCGUCCACUCGAGCGUUGGCAAACUAAAUCCAUAAUAGUUGCAUAUAUUUAUAACAAUUUUCUUAAACAUAAAAAAAAGGAAAAAGAUAAUGAAAAAGAAAACGAAAACGA